UCAUUUUAUUUUAUUCUCUCCUUAGGUGGUGUUUGGAAACUAGACCAUGUGCCUAGAUCAAAGUGAUUCUUUUCUCCACAGCGCUACACCCCCAGCGAUGCUCACCACACCCCUGUUGUGAGAACCUCACUGAGGCAGUCCAGCAGCAGUCUGCAGACAGGCAUUUGGAAGCCACUGGACCAGAUCAUCUCUGAGGUCCCCUUCAGCUCUAACAUCCUCCCUUGCCAGCACCCAGCCAUGGGGGAUAUGAAAACUCCAGACUUUGAUGACCUUCUGGCUGCCUUUGACAUCCCAGACCCCACCAGCCUUGAUGCCAAGGAGGCCAUCCAGACCCCCAGUGAAGAGAAUGAGAGUCCCCUCAAACCGGCAGGCAUGUGUAUGGAUGAGAGUGUGUCCUUGUCUCACUCAGGAUCAACUUCAGAUGUCCCGGCUGUGAGCGUUAUUGUCAAGAACACCAGCCGCCAGGAGUCAUUUGAAGCAGAGAAAGACCACAUUGCUCCCAGCCUCCUACAUAAUGGAUUUCGGGGCUCAGAUCUGCCUCCAGAUCCCCACAACUUGGGCCACAACUGUGGGAAGUUUGAUUCCACUUUCAUGAAUGGAGACAGUGCCAGGAGUUUCCCUGGCAAGCUGGAGCCUUCCAAGUCAGAGCCGUUACCAACCUUUAAUCAGUUCAGUCCGAUCUCCAGUCCAGAACCUGAGGAUGCCAUCAAAGAUAAUGGGUUUGGGAUGAAGCCCAAGCACUCUGACGGUUAUUUCCCACCCCCUCCUGGGUGCGGGCCUGUUGGGGCCCCAGUCCUGGAGGCUCUGUCUAAGUUUCCAGUCCCGGAGCUGCAUAUGUUUGAUCACUUUUGUAAGAAAGAACCCAAGCCAGAACCCCUGCCCUUGGGGAGUCAGCAGGAAGAUGAGCAAGGUGGGCAGAAGGCAGUGGAACCUCACAAGGAGCUGGAUGCCAGUCGAUUCUUUGGGGAAGCUUUGGAGUUCAACAGCCACCCCAGCAACAGUAUUGCAGAGCCCAAGGGGCUUGCCCCCGAGCUUAGUACCUGCUCAUCAGUCCCUCCUAGGCAGCGUCUUAAGCCAGCUCAUUCCAAGCUGUCCUCUUGUGUUGCAGCCUUGGUGGCCCUGCAGGCCAAAAGAGUGGCCAGUGUCACCAAGGAGGAUCAGCCUGGCCACACAAAGGAUCCCUCAGGGCCCACGAAAGAGGGCUCCAAAGGCAGCCCCAAAAUGCCCAAGUCACCAAAGAGUCCACGGAGCCCUCUGGAGGCCACUAGAAAAAGUAUCAAGCCAUCGGACAGCCCUCGGAGCAUCUGCAGUGACAGCAGCAGCAAAGGCUCCCCUUCUGUGGCUGCCAGCUCCCCACCAGCAAUUCCCAAAGUCAGAAUCAAAACCAUUAAGACAUCAUCUGGGGAAAUCAAACGAACCGUCACGAGGAUCCUGCCAGACCCUGAUGAUCCCAGUAAGUCCCCUGUUGGGUCACCUCUAGGAAGCGCCAUUGCCGAGGCCCCAAGUGAGGUGCCGGAGCAUGAGGUCACUGCCUUGCCUGCAGCGGAGCACUUUCCUGAGGCGGGCACAGAUUCAAGGAGCCCCCAGGAUGACAGGAAAGGGGAUGAGAGCAUGACGAAGGCCAGGGAAUCUUCAUCUCCCUGUUGCAGCCCUAGGUCCCGGGUCCCCAAGGGGGCUGCCCCAGGCUCACAGAUGGGCAAGAGGCAACAACAGACCACAGCACUGCAGGCGUCUGCCCUGGCGCCUGCCAACCUCCUGCCCAAAGCUGUGCACCUGGCCAACCUGAACCUGGUCCCCCACAGUGUCGCCGCCUCAGUGACAGCCAAGUCCUCAGCGCAGAGGCGGAGCCAGCCACAGCUUACGCAGAUGUCGGUGCCCUUGGUCCACCAGGUGAAAAAGGCCGCCCCGCUGGUUGUGGAGGUCUUCAACAAGGUCCUCCACAGCUCCAACCCUGUGCCCCUCUACGCGCCAAAUCUCAGCCCACCUGCGGACAGUAGGAUCCACGUGCCGGCAAGUGGAUACUGCUGCCUGGAGUGUGGGGAUGCGUUUGCCUUAGAGAAGAGCCUGAGCCAGCACUACAGCCGGCGGAGCGUCCACAUUGAGGUGCUGUGCACACUGUGCUCACAGACGCUGCUCUUCUUCAACAAGUGCAGUCUGCUCCGGCACGCCCGAGACCACAAGAGCAAGGGGCUUGUCAUGCAGUGCUCUCAGCUGCUCGUGAAGCCCAUCUCUGCGGACCAAAUGUUCGUGUCUGCCCCCGCGAACUCCACGGCACCAGCAACCCCGGCUGCCCCCUCCUCCCCCAAACAUGGCCUCGCUUCAGGCAGUGCCAGCCCUCCCCCUCCAGCUUUGCCGCUCUACCCAGACCCCGUGAGGCUCAUCCGGCACAGUAUCAAGUGUCUCGAAUGUCACAAGCAGAUGCGUGACUACAUGGCUAUGGCUGCACAUUUCCAGAGGACAGCAGAGGAAACCGAGGGGCUGACUUGCCAGGUGUGCCAGAUGCUGCUGCCCAACCAGUGCAGUUUCUGUGCCCACCAGAGAAUCCACGCACACAAGUCCCCCUACUGCUGUCCGGAGUGUGGAGCCCUCUGUCGCUCUGCCUAUUUCCAGACCCACGUAAAGGAGAAUUGCCUGCACUAUGCCCGCAAGGUGGGCUACAGGUGCAUCCACUGCGGGGUCGUCCACCUGACCUUGGCCUUGCUGAAAAGCCACAUCCAGGAGCGACACUGCCAGGUUUUCCACAAGUGUGCAUUCUGCCCCAUGGCCUUCAAGACUGCCAGCAGCACCUCCGACCACAGCGCCACCCAGCACCCCACCCAGCCCCAUAGACCCUCCCAGCUCAUUUAUAAGUGCUCCUGUGAAAUGGUCUUCAACAAGAAGAGGCACAUUCAGCAGCAUUUUUACCAGAAUGCCAGCAAGGCGCAGGUGGGCGUCUUCAAGUGCCCUGAGUGCCCGCUCUUAUUCCUGCAGAAGCCAGAGUUGAUGCAGCAUGUCAAGAGCACCCAUGGUGUUCCCCGAAACGUGGACGAGCUGUCAAGCCUCCAGUCACCUGCGGACGUGUCCUCAAGCCGCUCUAGCUCUCGAGUUUCCACUGAGCCCCCGGCCGCUAGUGUGGCUGGUCGCAGCAGUUCCUUGUCUUCUGGCCGCUGGGGCAGGCCUGAGGCCCAUCGCAGGGCUGAGGCCAGGCCCCGACUGAGGAACACUGGCUGGACCUGCCAGGAGUGCCAGGAGUGGGUUCCUGAUCGGGAGAGCUACGUGUCCCACAUGAAAAAGAGCCACGGCCGGACAGUGAAGCGGUACCCGUGUCGGCAGUGUGAACAGUCCUUCCACACCCCCAACAGCCUGCGCAAACACAUCCGCAACAACCACGACACAGUAAAGAAAGUCUACACUUGUGGGUAUUGCACGGAGGACAGCCCCAGCUUUCCUAGGCCCUCCCUCCUGGAGAGCCACAUCAGCCUUAUGCAUGGUAUCAGGAACCCUGAUUUGAGCCAGACGUCCAAAGUCAGACCUUCGGCUGGACAUUCCCCCCAGGUGAACCAUCUGAAAAGACCAGUCAGCGGAGUGGGGGAUGCUCCAGGCACCAGCAAUGGCACGAUUGUCUCUUCCACCAAAAGGCACAAGUCCCUUUUCCAGUGUGCAAAAUGUAGCUUUGCCACAGACUCGGGGCUCGAGUUUCAGAGCCACAUACCUCAACACCAGACGGACAGCUCCACAGCCCAGUGUCUCCUCUGUGGCUUGUGCUACACCUCUGCCAGCUCCCUCAGCCGCCACCUCUUCAUCGUCCACAAGGUGAGAGACCAGGAGGAGGAGGAGGAGGCGGCGGAGGUAGCAGUGGAGGCGGCAGAGCCAGAGGAGGGCUCCGGGGAGGAGGUGUCCAUGGAAACCAGGGAGAACGGACUGGAAGAAUGUGUCAGCGAGCCUUUGUUGGGCAACCCAGAGGCGAGGAGAUCACUGGGCCCGGCCCCUGAGGAGGACGGUGCCCAGGAUACUCAGAGUCAACCACAGGCCUCUCAGGACCGGGACAGCCACGCACUGUCCCCUCAGGUGUGACCGGAGGCUUUGCAGUGUGUGCAGUCGGGGUGGUGCCAUGGUGUCCUCCACCUGCCGUGUGGACAGUGGGAAAUAAAAGGCUCUGCCCGGUGUUGAGUGUGGCCACUGUGCCCUGGAGCAGUGUCUGCAGUGUUCCCCAGCCCCAGAAAAUGUGGGAUUGCCCAGGACCCUCAGAGCUCUGAAUUUGCUUCUGUUAUUUAUGGCUUUGUGCUGCUUCUUGAUACCCCGACUCUUGUCUGUGUCCUUCCAACCCCAGGCUGCUUAAGUGGCCCAACCCCGAUGCUGUCAACUCAGCUUGAAACCCUUCAGCGGCUGUGCUCUUCUGGGAGGUUCCCUGCUUGCUGCCUUCAGCCAGGGGCCUCCUCAGAGCUCUUGGCCUGCGGACGGCAGCUCUCCUUCCUGCCAUCAGAGCCUGCGAGGGCCGAGGAUGCUCGUGCAGUCCCUUGUGCAGAGGAGAGCUCUGCCCAGCCUGGCUCGGCGAGGGCCCUUGGUCACCGUGCCCUUCUUGUCUUCUCUGAUUCUUUUCCCCAAAAAUAGUCCUGGAGAAUUAAUUGUCACACUGGCUCAUCCUGUCUGUGUGGGUGGGGGAAACUUGUGCAGCACACCUCUGUUUGGAACCCGGGAGAACAGGAAAUGCAGCCAGGGCAGGCAGGCACGGAGAGGCAGGCCCCUUCAGAAGGAGCUGGGCAUCCUUGUUCUGCUGCUGUUCUGCCUUUCCUGGCAAGUGGGGUUUGGGGCACACAGACAUUGGAAUAUUUGUACUCUUGCUCCUGUGCUAUUAGAGAGGCUGCUGCCCCAGGAAGGCCAGCCCCUCCUCCUCUUGGCUACACUCAUGUUGCUCAGACUAUAUUGCAAAUAAAAAAAUCUUCUUACCAUGCAGGUA